GUUCUAUUUUGUGCCUAACACUGGGCAUAUACUGUGAAAAAAUAAAAAAAAAUUAAUUUUUAGUUUUAAAAAAUUAAAAAAAAUAAAAAUUAGACAAAAAAAAUGAAAUCUAUAUUAUUUGGUUGUUUAUUGUUAAUUAUAAGUGUUUCAGCAAAUGAUAAACCAAGCUUUUUCAAUCCUUGCUCUAUGAAUGAUGCCGAUACUAGCAGUUGUGUAGCUGAAAAUAUUGAACGUAUUAUUAAAUUAGGAAAAAAUGGAUUUGAACUACAAGAUAUCCCAGCAAUAGAUCCAGUAUUUAUAGAUUCAGCACAAACACCAGAUUCAUCAGCAGCAGUUACACUUAAACAAAAAUUCACAAACUUUACAUUUAGUGGUGUCUCUGAUAUGAAAAUUAUUGAUAUUAAAACAAAUUUUGUUGAUAAAUGUCAAAUAAAAGUGAAAAAUUCAUUACCAAAAGCUAUAAUUAAAGGUGAUUAUGAAGCAAAUGGACGUUUACUUCUAUUUCAAGUUCAGGGUGCUGAUAAAUUUGAAGUUAUAAUGAAUAAAAUAAAAGUUGGAACAAUAAUUAAUUGUGAAUUUUAUGAAAAAGAUAAUGAAAAAUAUUUUAAAAUUUUAAAUAUUAAAUUUCAAUUACGUCCUGAAAAUGGUCAUAUGAGUUUUCCAAAUAUUAUACAUAAUAAUAAAGAAUUAUCACAGACUGUAAAUGAUUUAUUAAAUGAAAAUUUCUUAGAUAUUUUCAAUGAAUUUAAAUCAACAAUACAAGAAAAAUUAGAAGAAAAAUUUUCAAUUAUAGCAAAUAAAAUUAUAGGUGAUCAUCCAGUUAAAGAAUUAUUUAAAGUUGAAUAGAUUAUUAAAUUUUAGCAUUAUUAUUUGUAAAUAUAGACUUAAUGAAAAAUAAUAUGUUGAUUAAAUAAAUAAUAUAUAUUUUGUUAUAUUGACAUGUAUUUGAUAUUGUGUAUAUUUUUAAGUUCUAUAGUUUUCGGAAAAAAAUUAUCUGAACAUUAAAAUGUGAACUACAUAUUAUAAAUUUUAUUCUAAACCAUAAUAGUGGUAACUCAUUUUGUUGGUAAAAAUAAAAUAAUAAUCUCUUAUAUUCGGUUUCAAUUCGAAAAAUUGUGAAUAUUAAUCAUACUGUUCCUUAUAAUUUAGUUUUCUAAUGUCCCAUUAUCUCCCUUAAAUGAAAUAAAUUUAGUUUAUUUUUUAAAGAUUUUAAGAAAUUGAAAUAUAAUGAAAAUUUAAUAAUAAUACCGA